UUGAAGAAAAGUGCAUAAACAAGAAGAAAAACCUCGUCUAUCCCACCCCCUUAAACGCGUUUCUGUGUUGUAAAUUGAACACGCUCCUCGUUUAUAUUUUGGUCCUAUCGGUAAAUAUAAAAAAUGUCCGAAGACGUAUCCAAAUUUCUUCUCCAAGUUAAGGAAUUGGGCGAUCGACGAAUCGAAGAGGAUGAGGCCCGUUCACGAGAACUUGAAGAGAGGAUAUUACGAGAGAGAAAAGAACGGGAGGCUCGCCGCGCAGAACGAGCUAGGUCUAUAUCACCUCAAAAAUCCUCACCAGCGAAUACCCCACCUCCUUCAUCACACCGCAUUGAUACUCACGUUCCGACCGGCCGCCUAAACUUGGACUCUUCUCCUAUCUUUGAGCCUCCCGCAAGCCUUCAUUCUCCAAAGACCGAAGAAAUGGCCUCCCCGGGUGAAUUGUCCACGUCACCAUCGAAAGAGAACGAAUCGCCCACCGACUUGGACCGCAAGCAAACUGGCCAAGUUUCUCCCACCCGAACAACGAGAGGGCUAUCGUGGCAAAGACGGCCCACUUCCCAAGCUUCUGAUCGUUCACGAAGUCGCCCGCUAUCUGUUGUUGCAGCCGAGAAUUUGGCACGGAAUACUCCUGCUGAACCUACCUCGGCAACGGAAACUAUAUCUAGGGACCAAAUUGCUUCAGCUUUGUCUUCCAAGGACCCCUCUUGGUUCCGCCAAACUGCGGACAGGGGUGCUAAUUCCGCCGCUUAUAGAAAGAAUCAGGUCGAGGACGACGAAACCGCUGAUAUUUCUCCGAUGCCCGCUCAACUCCCAGGCAUGUCGCGUGUGUCGUCCGGCGAAGCUCCGAAAGGAGAUAUUAGUCCACCACCAACUUCUCCUGACAUGUCCAAUAGGCUGGCCUCACCCUUACCCUUGUCUCGCACGCCAAAGUUAGAUCCACCAGCCAAUGAUGCCCAGCUAGACACUGAAUUUAGUCAAGAACGGACACAACUCAUGUCGCCCCCUUCAGGGCGUACCUCGCCAUCCAAAUUGGAUAGAUCAGGCUCACCAACCAAGGGGAUGGGCGGGUUUGUACAGAGUGCCAUGAUGAAGCGCUCGGACAGCAUCAAGAGAUGGAGUGUUCAGUCUCCUUCUGGGGCGCAGCGCGUAGACCCUAUUGUCUCGCACCGUACUGGGCACGAUUCGUCAAACCGAGCAACCGGUGGAUCUAGAUCAAGAUCAAGACCAGCAAGUAUCAUUCGUGAUCCUUCGGCGGAGUUUUUACCAAGAGCCCCGCCGAGUCGAGAGGGAGAGCGCCCUGGAGAUGAUGUGUCUGACGUAGAGAAGCCUAGCGAUUCACUCAAGAUCGAUACCAAGCCAUCGCCGGAAUCUCAAGAUCAAGAGUCGGGCAAAGACACGCCUUCCAUUCCUGUUAGUCCCUCGAAAACCAUGGAUUCUAGGAGAUGGAGCCCUACGAAAUCCAGCUGGCUCGAAUCUGCCCUAAACAAGCCUGAAUCUCCCAAACCAAGACACGCGCCUUCCGCUAGUCAACCGGCUUGGAUGGCAGAACUUCAGAAAGCGAAAGCUGAAAAAGCAUCUAACCCUAGUGCCGAGAGAGGUCGAUCGCCAACUGUUUCGCACACACAUAAACACCAAGUCAGUAUCGGUGGACUUAUGAGGUCUUCUGCUCCUGGCUUGGCUCCUGGUGCUAUUAUAAAGCCAGUUGGUCUAGGCGGUCUUCCUAGCCCCAGCAUCCCAACGAACAUCAAUGCUCGUUCUGAUAGUAGCGCUGCUCCGAAUGACUUACAGAGCCCAACCACGCCGGACGUUAAGAGCCCCGACUCGGACCGCAAGCUUUCAAACGUGUCCCUUCCCAACGCUAAGCCAAAGGCCGACGUGCCAUCCACAAAAGAUUUUCGAGCUGGCUUAAAGCCUCGACAGGCACCUGCCAAUUCUGAUGCUAACCCGGAAAAUGAGUUGCAGAAUGUUUUCAGUAAAUUAAGGAAGACAACUACACAGAAUUACGUUGCUCCGGAUGAGCUCAAGGGUAACAUUCUGAAAGGAAAGGCUGCUCUUAAUAUCACUGGAGGUCCUAAGAAGACGGAACGCGUCGAUGAGUUCAAGGAAGCCAUUCUGUCAAGGAGGAAAGAUUUCCAGAAAGCACAAUCGGAAGGCCGUGGCGUCAACGUCGCAAGGAAGGAAAGCACAGCAAGCGAGGAGCCAAUCCCCGAGGGUCUGCUUAGACGGGGUCAACUUGGACGAUCUAAUACAAUAAAGCUGGACAGUGCAGCCUCGGAUGCGAUAGCGGCGGAUUUGGAAAAGUCAAGUACGGCACCAAAACCUGAUUUCGCACAAGACUCAUCGUUUAGUAAAGCACAGCGGUUCGGUGGUGUCGAGAACCGAGAACCUGUCCUAGGAAAUAAUCCAUCCAGGGCGGAUCUUCCAAGUAUUCCUAGACGAGGAUCGGCUCAGGCAGUUUCUACUUUCAAGAAUGUCGAUCCUCCGUCUGCAGCGCAGAAGGAGACGGUUAUACCCGGACGGCUACAGGGGAAGCCUGGCGGGUUGGCAAAUCGAUUCAACCCUGCUCUUGCUGGUCUCAUUGCUAGGGGACCACCGGCGUCUUCUCCCAACAACACGUCAAUAUCAAAUUCGCAGUCUAGUGCUACUUCCGACGUAAAUGACAAUGAGGCCGGCUCCGGCCCCAGACUAACACACAUGACUAAGGGCCGUGCCAGAGGGCCAAAAAGAAAGGCGCCGACUUCAGCGCUUACCACAGCUUCAAAUCAGCCAGAGGAAAAGCCGUAUAGUGUGACCUCAGUCGCUCGCCCUUCUUCAAUCACCCUACCAGAACGGACCCCUAGUCUUACGCCAAGGCCUGAAGUGUCUGAAUUGGUUGACUCUUCAAAGCCGGAACGUGACGAACCGACUACGCCAAAGCCGCAACCUAUUUCUCUCGUAGGCUCUUCGACAAAAUCGUUCGAGUUUACGUCGGGGGAAGUUUCUAGCAAGGCGCCAGACUCACCGAGCAAAGUUCAUGAACAAGUAGCUGCGUUCGCUGCUCAGAGAAGACAACGAUCGCCCACAAAAACGUCUGAUGAGACCAGAGAGCCCACUUCGCAACCGCCAUCUCCAAGAAAACUAGAUAUGAAACGAAUGUCACGCUUCAUUGACGAAUCUAACCAGGAUGCUGGGAAUACUGGUGAGUCCCAGCAAGCGAAGGAUACGAAGAGGGACACCGAGACGCCUCCGGUAACAAAGCCAAAUUUAACCACUGACGGACCUGCUAAUUCAGAUAUACCAGGAUCCCAGCCUCAAUCGCCUAUACUGAACAAGCCCAAGAAGCCGCUGCCCGAUCCGAUCCCUGUCAAGCCCUUGGGUGCACGACCUCUACCUACUGUCCCAGCGGCUACUAACCCAGAAGCACCAUCGUCAUCUAGUCGCCCAUUACCCGCAGAGCCUAAACAAGUCCCUCGGCCUUUAUCAAUAUCCAGACCAAAAUCACCGCCUCCCGAGACAUCGUCGCCUGUACGCUCACCCACCAAACAAUCUCAUGAUGCUUCCAUUCUCCUUGGUGAUUUUUUCGGCCCUGAACGCACCCGAAAGACCUAUAACGUAGACGCUGCUGAGUUACUAAUGCGUCGACCAAAUAUAGCAUCAACUAGAGUUCAAACACUAAGCGCCCAACUGUACCAGUUCUCGGCCGACGGCAAAAAACUACCGGUUCCCACCCAUCACGAGCGAACGCUAUUCGAGCGUGAGAUGUAUCUGUGUUCUCAUACUUUCAAGGAUGAAUCGGGAAAGAAGUUCACGGAAGUCUACUUUUGGGCGGGAGACGAUGUUCCUCAUUCCACCGUCGAGGACGCAUCGACAUUUCUCGCUCGGGAAGCAAAGGCUUUGGGCGGGAAGCUAGUAAAGCUUCAACAGGGUAAAGAAGCACCCGAGUUUCUCCAAGCGUUGGGCGGUAUAGUAAUCGUUCAGCGUGGCUCGGGGAAUAAAUUUGAUUCUCUAGCUCCGCACAUGCUAUGCGGACGACGGUAUCAUGGGCAUGUUGUAUUCGACGAGGUUGACUUUACUCCUGCAGUUCUCUGUUCUGGGUUUCCUUAUGUUGUGACGACGGCUGGUAAAUGUUACUUGUGGAAGGGCAAGGGGAGCGGGGUUGACGAGCUAAGUUGCGCACGUCUCAUAGGGAUGGACUAUGCGUUAUCAGGCGAAAUGGAAGAAAUGGAAGACGGUCGCGAACCAGAAGCUUUCUGGAAUCUCUUUAAAUCCAACUCCACGGCUGUGUCAGCUGACCAUUGGCGUCUCAAGCCGAGCUACGAUAAAUACUGCUGCAGGCUAUUCCGAUCGGACGCAGACUCCAAGCAGCAAAUCGUUGAGGUAUCUCCUUUCUCACAGAGAGACCUACAACCUAAGAGCAUUUACGUACUCGAUGCCUUUUUUGAGUUGUAUAUCAUUGUAGGAUCCAGAGCCCAAUCCCAGUACUCCUCGUUUCAUAAUGCGUUGGAGUUCGCUCAAGAAUACGGGAUUCUCGCGGCGGGAAUGGAGGACCGACCAUUCGUUCCUUUCUCGACGGUCGUACUUGAAGGUAUUCCUCGGGAUAUGAAAAGCGUGUUCCGCAAGUGGCGUGAUGUCGACAGUCCAACGGUUACAAACGCGAGCACAGGUCUUAAGAGAGGUCGUAGUUUACGAGUCGUGCCACUCAACCAAGCACUGCAAGCGCUAGAUGAUUAGGAGUCAUCUCACUCAGCCUUGAAAUAAUAACUAGGACCUCUUUAUAGGCGAAGUGGUCGGGACAGCAGCGUGGGACGAUCGGCCCGAUAUAAGAAUAGCCAGGGCUGUUUUGUGGAUGGCGGACGAAAAGCUUCUUGUCGCAUAUGCUCCGUGAGCAUAUACAACUCUUCGAUUCGUGUAUCAAAUAGGGUGUACUGGCCGAGUCACGGAGGGGAUGGUGUUAGGAAGGCGCGUUUUUACGCAUGCAUAAUCUAGGCGGCGUAAUUGGUUGUUGCUGUCACCACGAACCUUGAUUCAAGU